AUGGGGGUAGGGUUUCCGCUUCCGUCUUCUCCCUCCUCCAGCUUGUCCUCCGGUCGCGUUGCCACCACAGCGGCCGCUGCCGGGCGCGGUUACGGCGGGUCGGUUGGUGUGUCUUUCAGCGUCGAUUUCUGUGCAGUUGAACGCCUGCCAUGGCUGAUUUAGAUCCGUUCGGCGCCCCCGCCGGCCCCUCGCUGGGGAACGGAGUGGCGGGCGAGGAGGACCCGGCCGCGGCCUUCUUGGCGCAGCAGGAGAGCGAGAUUGCUGGCAUCGAGAACGACGAGGCCUUCGCCAUCCUGGACGGAGGCGCUCCUGGGCCCCAGCCGCACGGCGAGCCGCCGGGGGGUCCGGAUGCCGUUGAUGGAGUGAUGAAUGGCGAAUACUACCAGGAGAGUAAUGGGCCGACAGACAGUUAUGCAGCUAUUUCACAAGUGGAUCGAUUGCAGUCAGAGCCUGAAAGUAUCCGUAAAUGGAGAGAAGAGCAAACGGAACGCUUGGAAGCCCUUGAUGCCAAUUCUCGGAAGCAGGAAGCAGAGUGGAAAGAAAAGGCAAUAAAGGAGCUGGAAGAGUGGUAUGCAAGGCAGGACGAGCAGUUACAAAAGACGAAAGCAAACAACAGGGUGGCAGAUGAAGCUUUCUACAAACAACCCUUCGCUGACGUGAUUGGUUAUGUCACAAACAUAAACCAUCCUUGCUACAGCCUAGAACAGGCAGCAGAAGAAGCGUUUGUAAAUGACAUUGAAGAGUCGUCCCCAGGCACGGAGUGGGAACGGGUGGCCCGGCUGUGUGACUUUAACCCCAAGUCCAGCAAGCAGGCCAAAGAUGUCUCCCGCAUGCGUUCUGUCCUCAUCUCCCUCAAGCAGGCCCCCCUGGUGCACUGAAGAGCCACCGUGUGGAAACACUACAUCUGCAAUAUCUUAAUCCUACUCAGUGAAGCUCUUCACAGUAAUUGGAUUAAUUAUGUUGAGUUCUUUUGGACCAAACCUUUUUGUCUUUAGAGUUGAUCAUUGUUUGUGAUUGCAUGUUUCCUUCAACUGUGUUCUCCCUGGCAUUCAGAGAGGAGCGGAGGUGCCCGGGGAAGGGAGGGAGGCCUCCCAAGGGCAGCCUCAACCUCUGCUUUUGUGCAUUAUUCUGAGAAUAAAUUUCUGUUUAAAACUAUAAA